AUGGGUUCGAUGUCAUCUACUUGCUGUGGACGUCAACAACGGCCAAAGUUGAUCACUAUUAUCCAUGAUGGAUCAGCUCAAACAAGAUAUCCGCUGACAAGCUGCUUGAAGAAUUCAUUUUAUCAUCCGCAGCAUACAAACAGAAACUCCAUGGUACGCUUCCGUUCCGCUGAUGUCAAUAAAUCAUCCCAGAAUUAUGUUUCGAUCCGAACUGAGCCACUACGAGUACGAUCAAGACCAUCUAUUCUUCGCAAUAUAUCCAGUCAAUACACCACAAAUAAUUCAUCACAUCGAGUAAGACGUUCAGCAUCGAUGCCAGUCAAUACAUUUGUAAUCGACAUUUCCAAAAGACAAGUUCGGGUUGGUCAACCAGUUUCCAUGAAUAUUCGACAUGUCGUUUUCGAUGUAUCUGAAGACUCAUCUCCGACGACAGAUCCUACCUGCACAAAAAACAAUCUCCUCGAAUCUAUCCCAAGAGUCUGCGAUAAAUAUCCCAGUCUACUCAACAGCAAUUGUCGUCAAGCAAUUCGCAAAACACUUCACACGAAUUUUCAAAUAUGA